AUAUUUCUUCGUGGAUGAAUACAGAGCCAAGGCUACAGCGCGCAAGCGGAGAUACGCAGACACGGCUGUUUUGGUGAAGUCUGAAUAAUCUGCGUGAAACCUUUUCAGCUCAUGAUUCUGUCAACAGCCAUCCUUCCUGUUUUUGUUGACAUCUCUGGACUAUAAUCGUUUAAAGCCACAUUUUAAACUCUGCUUGUAAAACGAGAGAGAGUGAGAGAGUGAGAGAGAGAGAGAGAGAGAGAGAGAGAGAGACCAAUUUUUAAAGUUCACGAUGUCUAUUUUACCUUUUACUCCACCGAUCGUGAAAAGACUUUUGGGGUGGAAAAAGGGAGAGCAAAACAGCCAGGAGGAGAAAUGGUGCGAGAAGGCAGUUAAAAGCUUGGUGAAGAAGCUGAAGAAGACUGGACAGCUAGACGAACUGGAGAAAGCCAUCACCACCCAGAACGCAAACACCAAGUGUAUCACCAUCCCGAGGUCUCUUGACGGGAGGUUACAGGUGUCUCAUAGGAAAGGUCUCCCUCAUGUGAUCUACUGCCGGCUGUGGCGCUGGCCAGACCUUCAGUCUCACCACGAGCUGAGAGCCAUGGAUCUGUGUGAGUUUGCUUUCCAUAUGAAGAAGGAUGAGGUGUGUGUGAACCCCUACCACUAUCAGCGGGUAGAAACGCCAGUUCUUCCACCAGUUCUCGUCCCUCGCCACACUGAGAUUCCCAGUGAAUUUCCUCUACUGGAUGACUACAGUCACUCCAUCCCUGAAAACACCAAUUUCCCUGCUGGCAUUGAGCCACCAAGCAACUACAUUGCAGAAACACCUCCUCCAGGCUACCUGAGCGAGGAUGGGGAGACCAGUGACUACUCCCUGAACCCUAGCAUGGACACAGGAUCCCCAAGCCUCUCACCAAAUUCUUUAUCUCCACCACCGAGCACCUUAGACCUGCAACCUGUGACGUACUGUGAGCCAGCGUUCUGGUGCUCCAUAUCCUACUAUGAGCUGAACCAGCGGGUGGGGGAAAUCUUCCACGCAUCCCAGCCUUCUCUCACAGUAGACGGGUUUACUGAUCCAUCCAACUCGGAGCGUUUCUGCCUGGGCCUGCUAUCCAAUAUAAACCGCAAUGCUGCCGUGGAGCUCACACGCAGACACAUUGGCCGGGGAGUGCGUUUAUACUACAUAGGAGGUGAGGUGUUUGCUGAAUGUCUCAGUGACAGCGCUAUCUUUGUUCAGAGUCCCAACUGCAACCAGCGCUAUGGCUGGCACCCUGCCACCGUCUGCAAGAUCCCACCAGGCUGUAAUCUGAAGAUCUUCAAUAAUCAAGAGUUUGCUGCUCUUUUGGCCCAAUCUGUGAACCAAGGCUUUGAGGCUGUGUAUCAGCUGACCCGCAUGUGCACCAUCCGCAUGAGUUUUGUUAAGGGCUGGGGAGCUGAGUACAGGCGGCAGACGGUCACCAGCACCCCCUGCUGGAUAGAGCUGCACCUGAACGGACCCCUGCAGUGGCUGGAUAAGGUUCUCACCCAGAUGGGCUCUCCCUCCAUCCGCUGCUCCAGCGAGUCCUAGGAAAAUCCUCUUAUUAACGCUGCAGGAUGUAACCAAACCAAAACCUGAUACAUAUUCCUAUAGGAACUGAGAUCUUUAAAGCCAUGAGUCAAUAGGAAACUAGAGCCUUACAAAACCCACCCACUUUCAGUAGCACUUUCACACACGUUCAUCUCAGAGAGGAAGCGUGUAUUAAAUCAUACAAAUUCUGCUUGUCCAUAUUGUUUAUCGCUGACGUCCUGUUUAGCUUCUUGGAUUUUAGUGAACUGAAUUCGUUUGGUUGAUCAUGUGUACUGUAGAUUUCCCUUUGUUGUUUUUGAGUGUACAGUGAAAUAUUAAUGGAUUUUUAUACAUUUUAGUUAAAGUUGUAGUUGUCUAUAUUUUGGUUAAAUUACUUUGAACAAAGUAACAGAAGAAAACUCAUUAUGUGGUAUAUUAUAGAUGUUAAUGUGAGAUCAUGAGCUCUUUAAGAACUGUCAGAGGCUUCGUUUUGUCAGCUGCAUGCUUGCCAUUUGAUUUAAUCUUUACUGUUUUUUUUUUCCAAGAAGUGGAACUGAGCACAUUCACCAAGUCAUUUAAAAAAGGAACCCUCACCAUCUAUAGCCAUAAUUCCUCAGUGCCUUGAGAUGCAAAAGUGAAACGAACAUUAAUUGUUAAAGGCAUUUUUUUCAACCUAAUGUCUGUUCACCACAUCUGAAGCGUAGGUGUGGUUACUAAAGACGAGAAUUUCAGCACGUCUCACUGAAGCGAGUAAAAAACCGAAACCCUGUUUACUCAAAACUUACCUUUGAUGCAGGUCCAACGACAGGUGUUGUGGUAUCAGUAAACGGUUGUGCGUUGUGGAACAGUUGCACAAUUUCCUCACUCAAAAGGCGGAUAGUGUUUAAGUUAUUAGGCUCCUGACAUGUAUUACUUGUAUGCAAAUGUAUUGUUUGUCUCAUCCCAAGGUCUACAUUCUUAGCGUGGUACAAGUUGUUAUACUGUAUUACUGUUGUGCAUUGCAAAGUAUUAUAGAAUUUAUUUUGUGUAAAAGUUGAAUAUAGCUAAAUAUUUAAAAAAGGUUAUUAAUCUGGAAACACCCAUUAUGGCCAUGGAAAAUAGCCAAAAA